AUGUUCCGUGCAACACGUCUCCGUGCGGCUGCCACUGGCUUCUUUGGGCCGCGUAUCAGUUAUCUCGGCGUGGGCGCGCUGGAUAUGGCACUCGGAAAAGUCUCCACGUACGGUUUCAAGAAGCCGCUGCUCGUCUCUGAUGCUGGUAUCGCAAAGUCCGGCAUUCUCGACAAAGUCUCAACAACGCUCAAGUCGAAGUGCCGCAUGAAUCCCGUUGUUUUCACUGAUGUGCACCCGAACCCCACGUCACACAAUGUGGAGGCGGGACUCGCGCUGCUGAACAGCUCGGGAUGCGAUUCCAUCUUUUCUCUUGGCGGCGGUUCACCGCAGGAUUGCGCGAAGGCCAUCGCACUCGUCAAGACAAACGGCGGUACCAUACACAAGUACGAGGGACUUGACAGAGCUACAAAGGACCAGUUUCCUGUUAUUGCCAUCAAUACAACAGCAGGUACGGCAAGCGAGUUGACGCGGUUUGCUGUGAUUACAGAUGAGAAACGUCACACAAAGAUGGUAAUCGCAACAGACGCCAUCACACCUCUUGUGGCCAUCAAUGACGCCGAAUUGAUGGUUGGUCAACCGCCCGCUCUUACUGCUGCUACCGGCAUGGAUGCCCUUACACACGCUGUUGAGGCGUAUGUUGCCACUGGUGCAAGUCCUGUAACGGAUGCCUGCGCACUGCAGGCCAUACAGCUCAUCAAACAGCAUCUCAAGAAUGCCGUUGACAACGGUAAAGAUCUUGUGGCUCGUGAGGGUAUGUGCUACGCAGAAUAUCUUGCAGGGAUGGCAUUCAACAGUGCUGGCCUCGGUUACGUGCAUGCGAUGGCACACCAACUGGGUGGAUUUUAUGACCUCCCUCAUGGUGUUUGCAACGCCAUUCUUCUUCCCUACGUUCAAACGUAUAACUCUUCUGUCUGUGCACACCGGUUGCGUGAUGUGGCCACACGCCUUGGUGUAAUCACAGCCGGUGUUGACGAUAAGGAGGCCGCUGCCGCUGCAGUCGCCGCGAUUCGUCACUUAUCGAAGGCAGUUGGUAUUCCACGUGGUUUCAAAGAACUCGGUAUGCGAGAGGAGGACAUCCCAAUGCUGGCGGACGCCGCACUGAAGGACGUCUGUGCCGCCACUAACCCACGACAGGGAAGUAAGGCAGACGUCAUGGCGAUUUACCGAGAAUCAAUGUAA